AUGAUGGUAGAUGAUUCUCGCUUGCUUCGCAUUGAAGUCGGAAAUGACUGGGCUUAUAUUGAUGGCAUUUUGCGUGCCCUCCGCAAUCCAUACAACGCCACCAAAACCAUAAAAUCGACCAGACCCGGUAACACUCAAGCUCGCUUUCGAAAGACGCUGGCCCACAAGUACGAGGCGGCCCAGUCAGCAAAAAAGCCUAUGGAGUCUCUAUGGUGUCCUAUUGUGGGUGCUUUCUGUGAUGGACUGAUGAUGCGCGCCGCCCAUAUCGUUAAGAAGAAUGUGGGCGAGAAUGUAGCGCAAGCACUCUUUGGCGAGACAACGGAUUCCCAAGGUCAUAUCUGGCAGCCAUCUAAUGGACUCCUGAUAAAUCGACGCUACGAAAUGUGGCUGGAUGCGGGCGUGAUCGUCAUCGUGCCGGACGACGAUGCCGAGAACGAGUUCAAGGUUGUUGUCCUCGACAUGUCGGCCUUUGACGAUGCGAUCGACUAUUCCAUUCCUGUCGGGACUGCACUGGACGGCCGCAGACUUCAGUUUCGGGGGGGCGUUUCGGCCGCAGAAGCGGCAUCUCUAUUUCAAGAUGGCCGUCACUCUCCUCCACCGCCAACGGGCUGA